AUGUCUACACCGUACCACCCCACCCUACACACCUGCACUGUCCCCCAGCCCACCCUAUACACAACUGCACUGUCCCACACUAUAUACAAUCUGCACUGUCCCAGCCCAUCAUUCUGCACAAUCUGCACCGUCCCAGCUCCACUGGCCUGGUACAACCUGGGCACCGUCCCAUCACUGGCCUGCACAACUGCACCGUCCCAUCUACUGCCUGCACACCCGCACCGUCCCAUCAUGCCAGCACAAAUCUGCACCGUCCCAGCCCACUGCUCAGCACAACCACACUGUCCCCCACCGUCUGCACAACUACACCGUCCCAGCCACUGCUCCCACAACAGCACCGUCCAAACACUGUUCCACAACUGCACCGUCCCCACCACUGCCAGCACACCUGCACUGUCCCAGCACUGCCUGCACAAUCUGCACCGUCCCCAGUCACAGCCACACCCGCACCGUCCCACACUGUCCCACAACUGCAACCGUCCCAGUCACUGCCGCAAAACCGCACCGUCCCAGUCACUGCCCCACAACCGCACCGUCCCAGUCACUGCUCUGCACAAUCUGCACCGUCCCUGGGCUCCACCGUCUGUAUCAUCUGCACCAGUCUCCAGUCACCUUGCACAAUCUGCACCCCCAGCCCAUUCCUGCACAAUCCACCUCCCCCAGUCACUAUCACAAUCUGCACCGUACUUCCCAUCACUGUUUAGCACAACCUGCAAUCCCAUCACUGUCGCACAUGCACUGUCCCAUUGCCUGUACCUGCACCGUCUCCCAGCCCAUUCCCUGUCUCUAACAUUGCUCUGUACACCUGUACUGGUCCUAGUCAUUGUUUGUACACCUGCACUGGGGUCCCCAGUCACUGGUUUGCAUAAUCUGCACCGGGUCCCCUCGUCACUGCUCUCACACCUGCACCGUCCCAAUACUGCUAGCACAUCUGCACCGUCCCCAGUCACCACAGCACACCUGCACCGGUCCCAGCUCCACAGUUCUACAACCCGCACCGUCCCAGUCACCAGUCGCACAACCUGCACCGUCCCAGUCACUGGCCUGCACAACCAGCACCGUCCCCAGCCCACCGUCUGCACAACCGCACCGUCCCAGCCCACCGUCUGCACAUCUGCACCGUCCCCAGUCACCGUCUGCGCCAUCUGCACCGUCCCUGGUCACUGUUCCUGCAACUGCACCGUCCCCACUGUUGAAGUACAAUCUGCACCGUCUCAGUCUGCCGUUCACACCUGCACCGUCUCCGUCACUGCUAGGCACACCUGCACCGGGUCCCAGUCACUGCUCCCCACACCCGCAACGUCCACAGCCCGCUGGCUCCAGCACCCGCACCGUCCCCAGUCAACACCUGCACACCUGCACCGUCCCAAUCAAUGGCUCCACAACUUGCACCGUCCCCAAAUCACCGUCUGCACAACUGCCACCCCAUCCCUGGGUCACUGUUCCAAGCAACCAAGCAACCGUCCCCAGCCUGUUCAGACAACUGCACCGUCCCAGCUCCACUGCCCACACCCUCAACGUCCCCAUCUACCGUCUGCACAAUCUCACCGUCCCAGCUCACCGUCUGCACAACUGCACCGUCCCCACUACCGUCUUACACACCUCCACCGUCCUCUGCCUGUACAACUGCACCGUCCCCAGCCACUGUUGCUACACCUGUACUCUCUCUAG